AGGCUAUGCAACAACAGUUUGAACGCAUGAACGUGGUGUUUAAUGAUAUUCAGGAUCGGAUGUGUAGGCAAGACACUGUUAUCGCUUAUUUGUGAGGGGAGCAUACCCAAAGAGCCCCUAAUGCUAGAAGGCAAGGAGGGUGUGCGCUCAUUGAUGAUUCUGAUGACUACCAUGAGGAGAAGUUUAAAGAUGAAGAGAAUCGAGCUUCAUUGAACCAUGAGGGAAGGUUUGCGCCAAGGCGCGAAAGGCAUGGUAGAGGUUUUUGAAGAGCUCCAAGAUGGCAAGAUGGGACUGAUAGAAGCCUAGGAAAAAUCAAAUGAAGACACCAUCGUUCCAAGGGAAAAAUGAUCCAGAAGUGUACUUGGAGUGGGAGAAGAAGGUGGAAUUCAUCUUUGAGUGCCAUAACUACUCCGAGGGGAAAAAGGUAAAACUAACUAUGAUUGAGUUUACUAACUAUGCUAUUAUAUGGUGGGAUUAACUUGUGAUGAAUAGAAGAAGAAAUUAUGAGAGGCCUAUUGAGACAUGGGAGGAAAUGAAAGCCACCAUGAGGAGGCGGUUUGUCCCUAGUCACUACUAUAGGGACUUGUAUCAGAAAUUAUAGAGUCUUACUUAAGGCUAUAGGAGCGUGGAUGACUAUCACAAGGAGAUGGAGAUUGCCAUGAUUCGGGCUAAUGUAGAGGAGGAUAGAGAAGCUAUUAUGGCAAUGUUUCUGAAUGGGUUGAAUCGGGACAUUGCCAACGUGGUGGAGUUACAACACUAUGUGGAGUUGGAGGACAUGGUGCACAUGGCAAUAAAGGUGGAACGACAACUUAAAAGGAAAGGAACUCGGUCAUUUCAAAAUCCCGGCUCCUCUGCUUCAUGGAGGCCAAAUGGGAGGAAAGAUGAAGGGGUUGUUUUCAAGUCCAAAACCAAACCGCCAAAAAGGAGAGAUGAAGCUCCCAAUGUCAACAAAGGUAAAAAUGAAUCCCAAACUCGUAAUCGUGAUAUUAAAUGUUUUCGUUAUUUGGGAGUAGGUCAUAUAGCUUCACAAUGCCCAAAUAAGAGGACCAUGAUCGCACGUGUUGAUGGAGAGGUGGAAACUGAAAGUGAGGAAGAUGAUGACUAGAUGCCAUCACUGGAGGAUGAUUGUGACGAUAAUAUGGACUAUCCAGUGGAGGGUGAGUCACUUGUGGCUAGGCGUGCUUUAAGUGCCCAAGUUAAAGAGGAUGACAUGGAACAAAAAAUGGAGAAUAUUUUUCGUAUUAGAUGCCACAUCAACAAUAAGGUAUGUAGUAUGAUCAUUGAUGGGGGAGUUGUACCAAUGUGGCUAGUACUACUUUAGUUGAAAAUUUGAAUUUACCUACCUUGAAACACCCAAGACCAUAUAAGUUGUAGUGGUUGAAUGAUUGUGGAGAGGUUAAAGUAAAUAAGCAAGUGCUGAUUUCUUUUUCAAUUGGGAGGUACAAGGAUGAAGUACUUUAUGAUAUUGUUCCAAUGCAUGCAGGUCACAUUCUAUUGGGUAAGCCUUGGCAGUUUGAUAGAAAGGUCAAUCAUGACGGGUUCAAAAAACUGUUAUUCUUUUGCAAAAGACAAUAAAACCAUUACUCUUGUACCGUUGACUCCACGACAAGUAUAUGAAGAUCAAAUGAAAUUGAAAAGAGAGAAUGACUUGCAAAAAAAUUGUGACACUAAGAGUUCAAAAAAAGAUGAUGAGAAAGAGAGUGAAAAAA